GCCCCCCCACCCCCCGAUACCCGGAAUCCCGACCAGUGGGCGGGCCACAGCCUGGAACCCGCUGCCCAGAGUAACCAGGCAAACAGAACUCGGCAGGACUGAGCCUGCUGUCCGGGCGGGCUGCCUGUGCUCCCGCCUGCUGCCCCCCAGGCCUGCCCAGACUGGCCCCCCUGCCUCCCCAUGCAGCACCCCAAACCCUUCUAUGCGCCUACAGCUCCCCAAGAAGGCUUCAGCCCCCGGGGCCUGGAUGGCACCGAGGGGUCAGGCAGCCAGCCUGCUCCCACCUGCACGGAGCCUCUUCCUGCUGUGGGCUCCUCCAACCUCUAUCAGCCCCCAAACCUGGAGAAAGAGGUGUUUCCAGGCCCUCCGGCAGGUUUCCAGAUGGCACCCUGCGGGUGCUUCUUUGACCCCCGCAUCUACCGAAUCGAGUGGGCCACCACCGACUUCGGCCAGUCGUCCCUGUACAAGCUAACGGCAGUGGGCGGUGGGGGACCCCCCGGGGGUCCGGCUGGGGGUCCCGCCUCUCCAGGCACCUACCUCCUAGAGCCCCAGCACUACCUCAAGGCCCCCAUGCCGGCCCCACCGCCCCCGCCGUACCCGCACUACCAGCCGCUGCCUGGGGGCCCCCAGUACCUCAUGCCCUACUUCCCCCCCGAGGGGCCUGGGCCAGAGGCUCUGGGCUUUGUGGGCGACGGGGGGCCCCCUGCCUACAUGGAACUGCCCCCGCCCCUGCUCAAGGAAGGCCUGGGGCCAGCCGUGCCGCCACCCCCGGCCCCGCCCCCACCCCCUGUCCCCAAGGAGAACAAGCUGCCUCCCCUGCUCAUCACGCUCCCCACGGAGGCCGCGAUGCCCCCUGGCGCCUACGGCCACCUCAGGGGCCGCCUCAGUCAGUUCCACGGGCCCAGCGAGCCGCUGGCCUUCCCCUCCAAGGAGCUGCCAGGUGGUGGCGCUGGGCCGGCCCUACUGUACCCGCCGGGCCCCGGGGAGCCCAAGGUGGCGGAGGCGGAGGCCGCCCCCCUGGGGGCAGGUGAGGCCAGGACCCCCGAGGCAGCCAGGGCCUUCGUGCUGCCUGAGAAGGUGCUUCUGGAAGACGCCAUGAAGCUCUUCGACUGCUUGCCGGGCAACGCUGAGCCCGAGGGGUCCCCACGCAAGGCCCCUGGGCCAGCCCUGCCGGACAGCGGGGGCGGCGGGGACGACUCAUCCAGCGACAUCCGCUCGCUGCACCUGCCGGACGAACUGCUGUCCUUUGACUACAGUGUGCCUGAGAUCCUGGACACCGUGUCUAACGUGGACUACUUCUUCAACUUCAAGGCCUUGGAUGAGGAGCCGCCACCCCGCCCGGGGCCCCCUGUCGCCAACACCGCGGCCCCCGCGGCACGACCCGAGCUGCCUGGCAAGAGGAAGGCCGGCACCUCGUCCGCCAAGAAGGGCAGGCAGGGGGGCAAGGGCAAGCAUGCUGCGGGCCCGGCCAGUGUCGCCCCCUCAGGGCCCAGGCCGGACCUGGGAGCCGCCCCCCAUUAAAAUGGAUUUGA